CUUGAAAGUGGGUGGGGUUAGAGCACCUGACACCAGGAACGGCAGGUCGCUUCAGUAGUCAGUUUACCUUGACAAGCGGGUCAACAUCGCUCACACACCACAAACACAAACACACACACACACAGGCACGAACAAAUACAGACACUCAAUAAAACACGCCUCGUUCCGUGAUAACAUUAAUAUUAUUCCUCUAUCGAGAGUAAAGGAUUAUUUUAACGAGGUAAUCCAAGAACGUGAGUGGAUCCCUGACAUGGACUAUCCCGACUGGCAGGCUCCUGAUGCAUCAAACUGUACCGUUCCCUGACAGCUUGAGUCUUGAAGGAAACCAAAGCUCCCAGAACUCCAACUUCCAGCUUUUCCGGAACAAUCAGCAGGGGUUCCAGGACCAGCAGCAGGGCUCCUGGUCAUUCCAGAAUCAACAACAGAGCCCCGGGUGGUUCCAGAAAUGGCAUCAGGGCCCCCAGAGGUUCCAGAACCAGCAGCAGGGCCCCCAGCUGUUGCAAGAACAGCAAAAACCGUGGUUCUUCCGACAACCAUUCCAACCAAAUUCACAACAGAACCAACAAAACCAUUUUCCAAACCAGUAUUACAACACAGAUUCUGUCUCCUUCAACAACUCCUGGCUGAAUUGUCGAUCAUUUAGCAAUGGCUGCUCAUUGCCUUCAAGUCUGUUCUGGAAUCCGACUGCCUUACAGCAGCAACAACAGAACUCAACCUCAUCCCAGAACUACCAAAAAGGAAGAUAUCAACAACAGAAGCCACAGACAAACAACCAAAACCAAACUGGAAACAAGAGACAACAGAACUUACAUUCAAACAACCUUCCUGAAGUAAAAAAACUCCAGCACCAGAACCAUGGCAACACAGGCUAUGAGAGAAACCGUCAACACACACCCAAUGAAAGCUAUAUCAGCAAAUCUACACUUCCACCCUCUCCUCCUUGUAAGCAGACAGAGUCACUACCUGCUGCGAAGUACAUAGUAGAUGUCUCAGAAGAGCAUGAAACAAGAACACGAGGCAAGAACAAUAAAUCAGAGGGUCUGAAAGAGUUCACGUCGCCAGACAAUAGUGAAGUGUUGGAUGAAAAGACUUUGGAAAAUUCACUUAAACAUUAUAGUGAGGUUUUGGAAGAGGUUAAUAAAACACCAAACAGUUCGUCAAACUAUAAACGUGAAUCUUGUCAAGAGAUGAAUGAGGUGUUCAAUGAAGAGUUAAAUGAUUCAGUUGGCAGUAAAACUAAGAUCUUGAUACCUAGAGUUUCACGUAUAAACACGAGAGAUUCUUUUAUGGAUUCACCCAAGGUGUCUAAAGAUUCACUUAAUAAAUUCAGUAAUGUUAUAAAUGGUUUUAAUAAGGUGCUAAAAGGAUCAUUUAAGAAUGGUGUAUUAAGUUAUUCAUGUGAUAAUAACAUUAAGAGUAUUGACUUUGUUACAAAAUCAAAUGAAGUGCUAAUGUAUUCACUUGAAGAAGAGACAUUAAAAGAUUCACGUUUAGAGAACAAUGAGAAUUUACAAGAUUCACUCAACAAAAAAAGUGUUAUUCUAAAAGAUUCAGAUGAUAAAUUAAGCAACUCACUUAAAAGGAAAUGUGAAGUAUCAAAAGAUUUACUCACAGGAUCAAAUAAAAUGAUAAAAAAAUCAUUUAACAGUGGUGGUGAAGCCUUAAAAGAACUAACUAUGAAUAACCGAGACUCAUAUAAGUAUCUUACUAAUACCAGCCACAACACAGAAAGAUGUUCAUCUGAAAACAAAAUUGAUGAUUCGGAAGAUUUAUCCAGAAAGAUGGAUACACUGUCAGGGCAAUAUGACAGAGGAGUAUCUAAAGAUGUAUCUAAACACAAAAUUGAGUAUUUAAAAGAUUCACCAACAAGGAAAAGUAAGAUACAUUCCACUGAGAAAGAUAUUUGUAAAGAUUCAUGUCAAACUAAAAACAGGACAUUGAGAGAUACGGUGAAGAGUAAAUUUGACAAACAUAGAUAUAGAGAUUCAGAGAAACAUAAACAUUCAGUGCACAAAGAUUCAUCAAGACCCAAGAGUAAAUUUGCUAAAGAUUUGACUAAAUUGAGUGGUGAGAGGUUGAAGCACUUGCCUAACACCAAACACAGCAGUGAUUCUAAGGUUAAAAAGACGUGUGAUAAUGACCGACCUUAUAGUCCAUCAUUUGAAUGGGGGAAACUAGUACAAGAUUCUCACCGAAACUCUGAACGUCAUAAAGUACACAAGUCUUCACCUAGAAUUAAAAGUGAGAGUAACACAGUUGGUGACUCAUUGAAGAGAACAAAACUUGAUCGAGUACAUCGACAAGACUCAACACCACUGAAGUCUUCAAGAUCUGAAAAAUAUGAAGAAGUAAAUCAAGGUCCACCAAAGAAGUUCAAAGAUCACACCUUGAGGAAUUCCACAUCACCAAGGAAGUGCACCUCUUCUCCAGCUGUAUCUGAGACCUUCAUUUGUUACAUCUGCAAGGAGAAGGUGAAGGAAUACCGUGCCACAUCACACCUUUACUUUGGCUCCUUACAGUGUUGUGACUGUGACCACAAAAUUCUCUCCUGUAAGAACUUUCGGAGGCUGAGGAGGUCUAUGUAUACCAACAAAGAUACGACAUCGUGUUCGCACAAGUUUCUGAGUUGGUUCAACGAUCCAUUGUCCUUCUUAAAGAACAGGAUAAAGAAGGAACUCAUACUAAAGACAUCAAGGAGCUCAAAGGUAAUGGGAACAGAUAUUGUCAAAGGAGUUUCUCUGUAUGUUAAGUGUCUCGGCACCCUUGAAUGUAGUACACCUUGGAAGUCGGCCAUCAGACGAAUGAGGAAAUUCAUAGCAUCUGAGGAGACCCUGGACAGAGACCUGAUUAAGGCUAAUAAGGGGUGUGUUUUGAGUUUAUGUAGUCAGUCACAAGUGGAGACAAAACCAGAGAGAGAUAACAGAUGUUCCGAAGGCAAAUACAGUUCUAAAUCUAAAGGUGAAGGAAGUAAAAAUGACCUGCAUAAAAAUGAUCUACAAGUUGAACUUACCCAAAGACAACCGAGUUUACUAGAAAGUUUGUUGCCUUCUGAACCUCAGACCACCAGAGAUGAGAGAAUACCCCAAGAAGUUGAGGAAGAAGCCAUCAUACCUAUGACAGAGUGGGAAGUCGAUGUUAUUCCUUUGGUUGUACCUGAACACUUCUUUGUUGAUGAGGCCAAUAAUGUACCUGUGGUGAUGGAUGAGGCUAGCGCUGUCGAAAAUGUUGAGGAUCCAGGAGGAGCCUCUGGAUCCUUAGCAUUUUUGAAGAUUUCUCCAAAAAAAGUGACAUCAGCAGAAUUCGUUUCUGCAAAAGGGGACGAAAUGGAGGAAGUUAUAACUAGAGAGGUAGAACCUGUGACAGUAAAGGGUGAAGUACAGCCCAUCCCUGGUCAAGAACUCCUGUCUGAGGGAGUAAGUAGUGAUGAGGUUGCUGCUGGUGUUGCAAAUAUCUUGUCUGAAGUGGAAGGUAAAGAGGAAUUCGAAUGUAAGGAGACAAAAGAGGAUGGGCUCGUAACUGAUGAAAUGGAGGAGAUGAGUUUUAUAACUGAGGAAGUAAGGGAGCUGGAUCCUGAGAUGAUAUCUGAAGAAGCAGCAGAAUAUAUGGAGCACGUGGGAGAAGAUGUGAGUGAAGUGGACAUCGUCCCUGAAGUGGAGGACGGUGAGGAUGAACCUGAAGAUGAAGAUGUGGACGACUUUAUGGAUAAAAUCGAAUUGGAUAUUACCCAAGCUGGGCUGGAAGACGUGAGUACAGAAAUUAAAACUGAUGGCGAACCCAAGAAGAAGUCACAGGACAGUGGUGAGGUAAAUAAGUCCUGCAAGAUGGAGGAGGAAAACGAAGACAAUGAGUCACAGGUUGUCAAGAGAUAUAACCUCCGCAGCCGCCGACACAGACACACACCGUCAAUGUCCUUUCUUGAGAAGCUGGACGAGUAUGAGAAGAAACAGCUGUGGAAACACAUCCUCCCAGCAGCCAAGGCUUUUCAUGAGAACUCGAUGAGAGACAAGAAGGAGUCCCUUCAUCUGACCUUCAACUCAGAAGAGGCAAACGAUGAGUUCAUGGUGGACAUCCUACUGUCGCAGACCUAUGGAUUGGAACAGCUGGAUGAGGUCACAGAGUAUAUCUCUGUCGGGGACAGCAAGUCCGAGAGCAUUGUGUCUCGGGUUAAGGACGCCAUUGAAAAUUCCCCUCUGUUCUUGAAUACACCUGGCUUCAUCCCCCCUACACACCUCACAAGGGCAACCUCGAGGGCACUUCUCAGAUCCUAUGCUAGAAGACGCAUCCCAGAAAGAAACAAAAGACUACAAGAGAAAGAAGAAAGUGUCAAGACGACUCCCCCAAACACCCACCACCCCGAGCCUUUGUUGUGUGAGGAUGACUUACCUCGGAGUAGACUAUCUAAGGUACACAUUGUUGCACCUCCUCCUGAUGGCUACUAUUACGUGGUCACCUACCCUCGGCAGCCAUGUCCUAAAGAGUGUCCUAUGUGUUAUUAUAGGAUAUUCCCGUCCAUGUUCUCCCUGAAUCUACUCACGAACUUGGCGACGGCCCGCUGCUUUGGGUGUCCACUGACAAUCUACGUGGUACAUGAGCCAGUCGACACCUCCCUGCCUAAGAUAAUCUUCAGCAGCAACAAAAAAAACAAAAAAGAAUACAGUGUUGGUGAUAGAGGAGCUUCAGAAGAAAUAUAUAACAAACCCAAGCCAGCCAGGUACAAGAAACCCACCACUGACAAGACCAAAAGAAGGAGAUUAUCAAUUGAACAGUUUAUAAAGACAUGAACAUUGAAUCAGUAGAAAGAUCAACAAAGCACACGAACAGACAUUACCGUCUUGUUUCUUGCCAUGGGACACAGUUGUGAGAGUUUUGCCAGAUGAACACUAGCCCAUGCCGUCCUUGAAGUUAAUCACUUGUACUAUGGCAUGAGAUGUGCUCUUUCCUCUCACUGGUGCUUGUUAAGUGCAGUAUACUGUUGUGAUAUAGCGUAAACAAACGGCAUUACUCCGUUUCAAAACAGGUUCAAAUGAGAUUCUCAGAGGUUUUUGUUUUUGUAUUAAUUUCUGUCCCUUUUCUACAUGUUUAUAGUUAUUAAGGAGCUCGACCAAAGUUAUUUUAUUUCUGUCCCUUUUCUACAUGUUUAUAGUUAUUAAGGAGCUCGACCAAAGUUAUUUUAUUUCUGUCCCUUUUCUACAAGUUUAUAGUUAUUAAGGAGCUCGACCAAAGGAAUUUUAUUUCUGUCCUUUUUCUAUGAGUUUACAGUCAUAAAAAACUGAACCAAAGAUAGUUUAUGUUGCCCUUUUUGUGCACAAGAUGUGAUGUUUUUUUUUUUAUUAAAAUUUUAAUUUGAAUUUACAUUACA